AUUUCUAAAAGUCACUGAACAUCAUUCAUUUCCACCCAAACAACACCAUCAAAUUUCACACGACACCGUUGCCCAACAUGUCGAUGGAUCUGGAUGACCAGCCUAUCUCUAUAGCCCCUGUCUCUCAGCAGCAGGGCUCUGCUACUAUUCUCUGCUGCAACUGCGGUGCCCCGAUCGAUGGAACCGCCUCCAGCGGCGCUCUCUGCUACGACUGUAUCAAGCUUACUGUCGACAUUUCCCAAGGCGUCCAGCGAGAGGCGACGCUCAACUUCUGCCGAGAUUGCGACCGAUGGCUCAUGCCCCCCAACAGUUGGAUCGUUGCCGCCCCCGAAUCCCGCGAAUUGUUAGCCAUGUGCCUCAAGAAACUUCGAGGUUUGAACAAAGUCCGUAUCGUGGACGCGAGCUUUAUCUGGACCGAGCCUCACUCGCGACGAGUAAAGGUCAAGAUCACAAUCCAGGAUUCCGUCCAAGAUGGUAUGCUGCUUCAACAGAGUUUCGAGGUUGUGUAUGUGGUGGCGUACCAGCAGUGCCCUGAGUGUGCCAAGUCGUACACUGCCAACGUUUGGCGAGCUGCUGUUCAAGUUCGUCAAAAGGUCCUUCACAAGCGAACUUUCCUUUUCCUCGAGCAGCUUAUUAUGAAGCACGGCGCACACAAAGAUACACUCAACAUUCGGGAGGCCAAGGAUGGUAUCGACUUCUUCUUCGCCCAAAAGAACCAGGCUGAGAAGUUCAUCGACUUCCUCAACUCUGUGGUGCCUGUCAAGGUGAAGGCGUCGCAGGAGCUUAUCUCUCACGAUACCCACACCUCUAAGUCGUCGUACAAGUUCACAUAUUCGGCCGAGCUGGUGCCUAUAUGUAAAGACGACUUGGUCGCUCUGCCUAUCAAGAUGGCCAAGCAAAACGGCAACAUCUCACCUCUCCUCCUCUGCCACAAGAUCGGUACCUCUGUGUACCUGUUGGACCCUCAGACCCUUCAGACUUGCGAUAUCAGCUCACCCAUCUAUUGGCGAGCUCCUUUCCUAUCUCUCACCGAUACGCAUGAGCUCGUUGAGUUCAUUGUCAUGGAUAUCGACCGCACAGCAACCCAGAAGGGCAAAUGGACGCUUGCCGAAGCCACAGUCGCUCGUGCCUCAGAUCUUGGUUCAAAUGACCGAACAUACUUCACAAGGACUCACUUGGGUCGACUCCUCCAGCCCGGUGAUUCUGCUAUGGGUUACCUGAUGGCCGGAACCGUUUUCAACAACACCGAAUACGAGAAGAUCGAGAGCUCGAACACAUACUCAUCGAGAAUCCCUGACGUGGUGCUAGUCAAGAAGCACUAUCCCCGCCGCAGAAAGAACCGCAAGAGGAACUGGCAGCUCAAGCGUAUGGACAAGGACGAGGGAGAGCUUCUUCCCAAGAAGGCAGACCAAGAACGCUUGGAUCAAGAGUACGAGCAGUUCUUGCGAGAUGUCGAGGAAGACGAGGAGCUCCGUGCUACGCUCGCCCUGUACAAGGCUAAGAAGAGAGCCGAGGAGGAGAUGAGUGUGGCUGAGACUGAGGAGGAUGAUGAGGCACCUCACGUCGAUAUGAAUGAGUUGCUGGAUGACUUUGAUGAGCUUACAAUGGAGGAUCGGCCAAUGCAAGAAUAGGGCUUACAUGAAUGAAAAGAACUGAUUUGAUUUCCAUGCAAUAGGGCUCUGUUGGACCACCGUUGAGAUUUCGUGAUGGCGAAUGUGCUCAGAUGAAUGAAGGAAUAUCGUCGAGUGAGGAUUUAGAGGGUGUUUUCUCUUCCGUUUUGCGGAACUGUUCCCUUGACUUUUGGCGCUGAAUUCUUCGUUUGUUG